CACACACGGAGCACGCAAAACGGCGCGAACACCCUGGAGUAACCUCAUCAUCAUCACACACACACACACACACACCGCGUCAAAACCGGGUGGAGAGAAACUUGGAUCGGUGGGCGGAGCCAACAGGUUACAGCUCACAGUGAAAGGUUGACACACAUUGGAUCGGUGGGCCAUGAAGAGUAAAACAGAUCCGUUUCCUGUCGUGGCUUUUGUUGGUGGGAGAGACGUCUGAUGCAGGAUUAGACAUGCAUGCCUUAUCUUACAUGAAGACAGGAGGACAUCCUGAGACAUGCCUGAGGGAACGAUAGAAAAAGAGGACACAACACUAAUGGCUGCGCACUUCAUUUCGAAUUACAGAAGGGAACCUCCUAGAACCUUCUUCUCUGAACAACGGAUUGCUUUCUGAUUUGCCGUCAUCCCUCUCCUACACCGAGCAGACGGCCCAAACGGUGGCCAUCCCACCGUCCCUCUGUCCCUCCGUCCCUCCGUCCCCCUGUCCACUUUACUCCUUAAGUACCACUAAGCUGUCCCUUAAAGACCUCAAUUCAAAAACAACCCAAAAGGUUCUGAAACUUUGGAAUCCCUCACACACACAAAGAUGCACACCCUUAUGAGAGAGGGAUCCCCUUGACACGCCCCGAGGUGUCUGUUUUUGGAGUCUGUGGAUUGUGCGCUUGCUGAGGCGGCCAUGUCUGGGAAGGGCUUCCCUGUGGCUCACUUCUCCUACUUCCUCCCACAUGUGAUUGGUGGGCUCUCGCCACCCUCAAUGCCUACCAUGCCUGUGAGUGGAUACAGCACGCCCUCACCAGCCACCGUGGAGACGCAGAGCACGAGUUCGGAGGAAAUCGUCCCCAGUCCUCCGUCUCCUCCUCCGCCCCCGAGGGUCUACAAGCCCUGCUUCGUCUGUCAGGACAAAUCCUCCGGCUACCACUAUGGCGUCAGUGCUUGUGAGGGCUGCAAGGGGUUUUUCCGCAGGAGCAUCCAGAAGAACAUGGUGUACACGUGCCACCGGGAAAAGAGCUGCAUCAUCAAUAAGGUGACGCGGAACCGCUGCCAGUACUGCCGCCUGCAGAAGUGUCUAGAAGUGGGCAUGUCCAAGGAAUCGGUGCGGAACGACAGGAACAAAAAGAAAAAGGAAGAGAAGAAGGUGGAGUGUGUGGAGAGCGGAGUAUUGACUGCAGACACAGAGAUGAUGAUCGAGCGUGUGAGGAAAGCACACCAGGACACGUUCCCAUCGCUCUGUCAGCUCGGGAAAUACACCACGAGUAAUAGUGCAGAGCACCGAGUCUCGCUUGACGUGGAUCUGUGGGAUAAAUUCAGCGAGCUCUCCACCAAGUGCAUCAUCAAGACGGUGGAGUUCGCCAAGCAGCUUCCCGGUUUCACCACGCUGUCCAUCGCUGAUCAGAUCACGCUGCUUAAAGCCGCCUGCCUCGACAUCCUGAUCCUGCGCAUCUGCACACGUUACACACCUGAGCAGGACACCAUGACGUUUUCAGACGGUUUGACGCUAAACCGCACGCAGAUGCACAACGCCGGCUUCGGCCCGCUCACGGACCUGGUGUUCGCCUUCGCUAACCAGCUGUUGCCGCUCGAGAUGGACGACGCAGAGACGGGCCUGCUCAGCGCCAUCUGCCUGCUGUGUGGUGAUCGUCAGGACUUGGAGGAGGCCGAAAAGGUGGACGUGCUGCAGGAGCCGCUGUUGGAGGCGCUAAAGCUCUACGUGAGGAAGAGGAGGCCACACAAACCCCACAUGUUCCCCAAGAUGCUGAUGAAGAUCACAGACCUGCGGAGCAUCAGCGCCAAGGGGGCGGAGCGAGUGAUUACACUAAAGAUGGAGAUCCCUGGCUCGAUGCCUCCUCUCAUCCAGGAGAUGCUGGAGAACUCGGAAGGGUUGGAGAGCUCAGGGGGUGGAGCCAGCUCACGAUCAAACCCCGCCCCCUCAGGCAGCUGCAGUCCCUCGCCCUCGUCCUGUUCCACCCACAGCAGCCCAUCCACGCAGUCCCCCUGACACGCGCACACACACAGAGACACACACCAUUUCUUCCUCGUCUUAGCUCCGCCCACUCACUGCUGCAGGGUCUCGGUGGUCCACCGCCUCCCGUUGCCUCUCUCUCUCUCUUCGCUGCUGUAAUGACUCAUCAGACAGACGGACGAGAGAAAGUUUUACAGACACUGAAAAAAGCGAACGAGAGAGAGGAACUCAGUACUUGGAGUGUGGACCUUUUUAUUUUUUUUGUUUGUUUCUCCUUCGUUUUCUUCCUCCAACAUCUCAGGCCUGGACUCGGCCACCACAUAUGAACGAUGGACUUGGCCUAGCUUCCGAGAGGCUUUUUCAUUUUUUUUUUUUUUUUUUACAAAAAAUGUUAUAUAUAUAUUAAAUAUAUAUAUAGAGAAGGGAGAAAAACCCGGGUAUGAUUGUGAAA